AUGCCAUUGCUGUUUAAUGUUCUGGGAAUAAUUGCCUUCACCACACUGUCUGGGAAUACCUACAGAUUCAUCCGAGGGCAGUACAGCAAGCUGCCGAGGAUACAGAGCAUCACGGGGCUCAUGCUGUUCUCUCUUGUCGUUCCCGUCGCUCUGCUAUCCCUAUUCCCUCACCAGGAGGCUCGUUUCAUAAUUCCCGUGCUGCUGCCCCUGGUCUACCUCUACGGGAACCACCUGCACCCCACCGAGGCGGAUUCACUCACAACGCGGAAACUGAAGAACACUCUACGCUGCAUUUGGUACACGUUGAACGUCUUACUCACCCUGUUCUUCGGCUUCGUGCACCAAGCCGGCGUCUACCCAUUCACCGAUCAUUUGCACCGCGAGAUCAAGAGCUCCUAUGGCGUCCACACGCACGUGAUCGCGACCCACAGCUACAGCAUACCCACUUACCUGCUGCAGCUGGAGAGCACCACCAAGAUCUGGAGGGACAAGAGGUCAGGGCGUAAGUACAGACUGGCCCCGACCACUUUCCUGCACCGAUAUGGGUCUCUACCGAUGGAUGAGUUGUUCGACAACGUCGACCAGGUGCUGAGCAACGCCGAGAUGCUGCUGCACAAAUACAAAAGGCAGUACAGGUUUUACAUCGCGUCCCCUUGCUCCUUGGAAGGGGAGUUUCGGGAGGCCUCCAAGAAGUUUGGCUACAUAGAUGUUGAACACGAGGUAUCGUACUACCCGCACUACUGUACCGAAGCCUUCCCCAAGUUCCCCCAUUACAGGGACCAGUACUGCCUCGAGAGUAAUCUCCACAAAACCAACGAAUCUCGAGCCGUCGAUCUCAGCUUUUAUCAACGAAUCACGUGUUUCUUGAAAAGGUUUUGCCUCAGAAUUUAUAGAGACUUCUUUGUUGACAACCACUGGGAAAGACUACCUCAGUCUUGGCGCGAAAGUGUUGAAUCUUUGGAUCCUGAAGAAUUGGGAGCCUACCUCACAGAAAAC